AUGGCCGCAACAGUGGUAAGUGAUUCAAUCCUGAGGAACGAUGCAGAUGGCCCCGUCCCGGUGAACGGUGGAUUAGGCACUGACAGCUAUUACAACCACUCCUUUUUUCAGAAAAUAGCUGCAAAUGUUGCAAAGGACAUGAUUGAUGAAGCAAUUACCAAGAAGCUAGAUGUAAAAUCCCUAUUGUCCUCUUCAAGUACAAUUCGUCUUGCCGAUUUAGGAUGUGCAGUUGGUCCAAAUACCUUUGAUGCUAUGCAAAAUAUUAUAGAUAUAAUUAAGCAGAAGUACCAAUCCCAAUUUCCUACUUCUCCAAUUCCUGAAUUUCAAGUAUUUUUCAAUGAUCAACCAACAAAUGAUUUCAAUACCCUCUUCAAGUCUCUUCCCCCCAAGAGAGAAUACUUCGCAGCUGGUGUGCCAGGUUCUUUUUACGGACGUUUAUUUCCCGAUUCUUCUCUUCACGUUGUGUAUUCCUCUUACUCACUCCAUUGGCUCUCUAAGGUGCCAAAAGGUUUAGAAGACAAGAAUUCUCCUGCAUGGAACAAAGGGAAGAUUCACUAUGCAAGUGCCCCUGAAGAAGUACUAAGAGCGUAUGCAACACAAUGGGCUAAUGAUCUAAAUGACUUCUUGAAUGCUAGAGCUCAAGAGAUUAUGCCAGGAGGGAUCAUUGUAGUUAUCACGCAUAGUAUCCCAGAUGGGAUGGAAUAUGCUGAGCUUGCAAAUGGCAUGAUGUACAAUUGUAUGGCAUCCAUCCUUCUUGAUAUUGCGAAAAGAGGAUUAAUAAGUGAAGAACAAGUUGAUGCCUUCAACUUGCCAACAUAUGCUCCUCCUCCUGCAGAGUUUGUAUCCGUGGCAGAAAACAAUGAGUGCUUCAACAUUGUGACAAUGGGAGAAUCAAAUCCAUCGCCAUGGCUAACAGAUGAUGUACACGUUGAUAUGAACGAAUUUGUAAGCCACAUAAGAGCUGCAAUGGAAGGAAUGUUCUUCAAACACUUUGCAAGAGAGAUUGUUAACGAAAUGUUCGAGCAGUUAGAGGUAAAACUUUCGGAGAUUUCUGUGGAGAUGGAAUCAGCUUACAAGGACAAAAUUCAAGCAUAUUAUGUGUUACAACGCAAUUAUUCAGGUUGA